CAUUGGGUGGUUUUGGCGUAAUUAUGAUAGGACAGAACAAUACCUUUGUACAAAACAUCAGAUAAUAUAAUCUAGCAGAUGUCAACGAUACUGUCUCCCUACAGAGAGGAAAAUUUAAAUAAAAACAUAGCGAGAAACGAGGACAAGUAGGGACAAACGUAUCGUAAUUUGGAGGGAAAAGAUCAGAGAGCUGACAACUGUCAAACAUUUUUCAAUGAAGAAAAUGGCAGCGGAGAKUUCUCCUAUAUCUGGGUCCGUAAAGUGGUUCAACAUUGUAAAAGGUUUCGGGUUUAUAUCAAGAGACGACGGAGGCGAGGAUGUUUUUGUUCACCAGAGCGCGAUCAAAUCCAAUGGUUACCGUAGCCUUGUAGAAGGAGAACAAGUAUUAUUCAAGAUCACAGACAGCGACAAAGGACAAAUAGCUGUAUCCGUGACUUCAACGGAUGGCGGGAAUGUGAAGGGCGCGUCGCGUAAAAACCGCACCAAACAAGGCGCGCGCAAAUACACUUCCCUUUGCUUCAACUGCAACAAAAGUGGUCAUCGAGCGAAAAAAUGUCCAUAUGAAAAGCGAACUAGUAGAACUUGCCAUAAAUGUGGCUCUGAAACCCAUAUCAUUCGAAAAUGCCCGUUAAUUAUAUAUCACAAGUACGAAAUUGAAAGAGAAUCGGAAAAAGACGCUAUUGAAUACGUUGAAGAAAGGAAACAAAGCAAAGAUACCUUUGGAGAGAAACACUUAACUGACAAAGAGCCGUGGAAAGAAAUAUCAGAUAAAAAUAAUAAUAAUAGUCCUAAAAAAUUGACCCUAAUAUAGGAUUAUAAGCGAAUAAAUAAGUGAUUUUUUUUA